UACCGUGUGGGGCAGCUCUACACCAUCAGCAAGCACAGUCACCAGGAGAGCGAGAAGGGUGAGGGUGUGGAGGUGGUGAAGAACGAGCCCCACGAGGACCCUGUCCAUGGCCUCGGCCAGUUCACCGAGAAACGUGUCCACCUCUCCAGCAAACUGCCGAGCUGGGCACGGGCGGUGACCCCUCGCAUCUUCUACAUCACAGAGAAGGCCUGGAACUACUACCCCUACACCAUCACUGAGUACACGUGCUCCUUCCUGCCCAAGUUCUCCAUCUACAUCGAGACCAAGUAUGAGGACAACUGUGGGGACAGUGAGAACAUCUUCCACAGUGACAAAAUCCUGGGUGACCACGAGGUCUCCUUCUUGGACAUCGCCUUCGACGAGAUACCCGAGCGCUACUAUCGCAGCCUGGAGGACCCUCGUUUCUUCAGCUCGGCCAAGACGGGCCGGGGGCCGCUGCGGGAGGGCUGGCGCCAGCACACCAAGCCCAUCAUGUGCUCCUACAAGCUGGUGAGCGUCAAGUUCGAGGUGUGGGGGCUGCAGACGAGGGUGGAGCAGUUCGUGCACAAGGUGAUCCGGGACAUCCUGCUGAUCGGGCACCGACAAGCUUUCGCCUGGGUGGAC